AUGGCGCUCCGAGAGCUGGGCACUAAGAUCAAGCAGGCGGUGGACAUGGUGGCGCGCGCCACGUUGGUGGACCAGGACACCGUCGACGACAUGCUCAAGCAGAUCUGCAACGGACUCAUCGCCGCCGAUGUCCAGGUCAAGCUAGUGGUCCAGAUGAGGCAGCGCAUGCGCGAGCGGAUACAGCGCGAGUUCGCCAUUCCCGGCUCCUCCAAGCAGAAGAUCAUUCGUCGGGUGGUGCUGGACGAGCUGGUGGCCCUGGUCGACCCCCAGCCCGGCCAGGCCAACCCCAAGUUCUCGCCCGCUAGGGGCCGCACCAACGUGGUCAUGUUCGUGGGCCUGCAGGGCGCGGGCAAGACCACCACGGUGGCCAAGCUCGCGCUCCAGUACAAGCGCCGCGGCUGGAAGGUGGCCAUGGUAUGCGCCGACACAUUCCGGGCGGGCGCGGACCACCAGCUGCUGCAGCUGGCCCGGGCCAUCCAGGUGCCGGCCUACGCCGACGGCACCCAGUUCGACCCGGUGGUGGUCGCGCGUGAGGGCAUCGACUGUUUCAAGCGCGAGGGCCGCGAGAUCAUACUGGUCGACACCAGCGGGCGACACAAGCAAGAGGCCCAGCUCUUCGAAGAGAUGGAGCAGUUGGCCGCCGCCGUGAAUCCGGACACAGUGAUGUACGUGCUGGAUGGCACGAUAGGCCAAGCGGCCUACGACCAAGUGCUGGCGUUCAAGCAGCGCAUUCGCAUCGGUUCCAUCAUCGUGACCAAGCUCGACGGCCACGCCCGAGGAGGCGGCGCCCUCUCUGCCGUGGCGGCGGCGAAUUGUCCCAUCACCCACAUCGGCACCGGCGAACACGUUGAUGACUUGGAAUCGUUCGACCCCAGGGGCUUCAUCCAAAAGAUGCUCGGCAUGGGUAAUAUUCCUGCGCUGAUGGAGACGAUGAAGAACGCGGUGGGGGCUGACACGUCCGCUGAGGGCAAGCGUGACAGCGCCCUGAUGGCCAACCGACUUCUCCAGGGCGGCUUCACGCUUCGCGAUCUCUACGAGCAAAUGACCACCAUUCUCAAGAUGGGUCCACUGAACAAGGUGAUCGAGAUGAUACCCGGCAUGGACAAGCUGUUCCAGCCCAACGAAGAAGAAGGCGACCCCGCCAGAAAGGUGAAGAAGUUUAUGAUCAUCAUGGACUCCAUGACCGACGACGAGCUAGACGACCCCGAGGUGUGGAAGAAGGAGAAGGACGUGCAAUCGCGCGUGCAUCGCAUCGCUCGGGGCGCCGGUUGCGCAGUGACCGACGUGAACGCGCUCCUGGCCAACUAUCGCGCAAUCACUCGCAUCGCGCCUCCACGAAGAGGCGGAGGUCUUCGCCAGGGACAGGGCUUGGGUCCGAUGGCGAACUUGAUUCCUCCGGCAAUGCUGCAGCAGAUGGGCGGCUUGAGCGGCCUUCAGAACAUGAUGCGCUCCAUGGGCUCGCCCCAAAGCAAUUGGCCCAAGGGCGGGUGA